GAACUGUACUACAUCUGCAGGUGCAAACAAAAUAAAGCUGAGCACCUUGCCAAAGUGGUCUCUACUGCUGAAGAAGCAAACCACGUGUUUGAGGAGUUUCACUGCAGCAAUAUUGGUGGACACUGUGGACUGGAGAAGACUCACUGUGCUCUUAUUGCUCGGUACUAUUGGCCUGGCAUGGAGAGUGACAUACGCAAGUGGAUUGCUCAUUGUCCACAGUGCCAGGCCAAGAGAGCCAACAUUAAAGAAAAGCUGGAGUACAGUCCGAUAGAGGUUACAGAGCCUUUUGAACUGGUUGGGAUGGACUUAGUGGGUAAACUCACAGUAACUGAUGGUGGCAACCAGUACAUAUGUGUAAUGGUUGACUAUUUCACCAAAUGGGCAGAGGCCUACCCACUUAAAACUAAAACAGCAGAAGACCAAUUGUAUCCUUGAUUUAUUUUACAAAUGUGGUGCACCUCAAAGACUGCUAACAGACCAGGGCUCUGUGUUUUGCAACAAGGUAUAGUGUUGAUGCAGUAUGAAUCCCCAAUAUGUAACUGUAGUUGCUGUGCUACCCUAUUGUUUGUUUGUCCUAAUGAUAAUUUCAAGCUCAACUCUGGCCUGUGUGAGACGCUGAACAUAAAAAUAAUCCUGUGCUCUGCGUACCACCCACAGACCAAUGGCCUUGUGGAGAAAUUGAAUGGCACUAUCCAGAGGUCGUUGAACAAAAUAGUGGCUGGUCACCCUAAACGCUGGGACCAGGUUCUCCAGUCCACCAUGUUUGCUCUUCGGACCAAAAAACAGCUGACCACAAAAUACAUCCCCUACUAUUUGAUGUCUGGGAGGGAGGCUAGGUAUCCGUCAGAGGUGCCAAAGGAGUACCUGGUCAAAGAAGAGAAAGUCAGCAGGCUGGUCGAAAUGGAGGAGGUCCAUGAAGGCUUGAAGAAACAGGAGGCUGUAUUCACAGAGGUGAAACACAAUAUGAAAAGAAGCCAGGACAACGUCCGCAAAAGUAAAGUCAAAAAGGGCCAGGAGGACAACUUCCAAGUAGGGGAUCAGGUGUUGCGGAGGAAUGUGAGACAGGAGCAAAGAAAAGGGGGAAAGCUGGAGGAUGACUGGUUGGGACCAUUCAUCAUCCUGGAACUAGAGGGGGAAAAGGCCAUUGUUGGUAAGGGUGCAAAGAAGCUGCAGACCAAUAUUGACCAUUUGACACAUUAUUUCCAGCCAGAGGAGAGGAUCCCUGCCAAACUACAAAAGUUGUCCGAUCCCUCUCCUCUGGCUGGUCCACAACACACAAACACACAUCCACAGCACACAAACACCCACCACACAAACACCACAAGUGGCACCUCCAUCCAUGGACUGCAACGCCGAAAUGGCACCAAAGGAUCCUGAACUUUGUAAGUAAACAGACAGAAAGUACACUCCAAAUGCCAUUGCUAUAUUUACAGUAAUUCGACAAAUAUGGACAGGGAGGAGAAAGCAGACGCUCUGGUGCAAGUUUGGGCCAUAUAAAGUAUAUUCAGAAAACGUAAUGGACUUGGCCCCAGGGAAGUGGUUGGAGGGAGAGGUAAGUUACAAAACAAAGAAUAUUGGACUGAUAUUUAUUAAGUUAUUUUUGUACUCUUAGAUCGUCAAUUCAUAUUUGACUAUGGUGGGAAGGAAAGCUGGCGCUCUCCUGAUAGACUCCUACCUCAUGACGUCGCUCUGGGAGGGAAACCACAAAGGUUCUUUGAGAAGUUUGGACCUUUUCAAACAUGAUGUGGCAGUUGGAGCAGUCUGCCACCACGGACACUGAUUAUCAUGUACCUAAAGGAGAGGCGGUCCCUGUACUUGGACCCAUUUGGGGCCAUAGAAGCACAGAUCGAAAAAUGCAAGGACGUAACAAGAGCAUUGGUCCGCAAGAAGUGUCCGGCAAUAGGGAGAUGGGCAUGCGCAACCGUUGCUCACCCUAAGCAACAGGACUCGGCAUCAUGCGGGGUGUUUGUGUGCAAGCUUGCAGAGCAGAUAUUGUCUGGCCAAACAGUCGACUACCCUGUUGACCAGAAGGGUGUGGCCAUGUUGCGGCUGGACAUGGCAAUGUCUCUGGUGACAAAUUCAGAUGACCUAUCCCAGCUCUGUAGGGCUUGUGGGGAGCUCAGCUUGGGGGCUGACAUUGAUACGUGGGUAUGUAGAGAAACUCAUGUCCUGACCAACCUUCUGCUGGAAGACUGGGAUGCACCUUAGAUAGGUUACCUCCACAUCACUGGCUGAAGGAACAUACCAACACAGACUCCAAACAGAAAGGACCAUAGCUAAGAUGUUAACCCUAUAUCUGACACCCAUUGCCAUACUAUAUUGAGUGCACCACCUGUCAAAUGUGGCAUCACGUUGGAUGCAUGGGACUGCCCUCCACAGAGGACGAGUAUUUUUGCCCUGCAUGCAAGUCUUGAUGCCACAACACUUCCUGCGUCAGGUCGGAGUACAACCUGCGUCAGGAGCUGCUGAUCCAGUUCUACUCUAUCUACUUUCAACUCUGUUGACCCAUAAUCCCCCCCCCUCUCAAUCAACUUCCUCUUGACUGCCUUUUCUGUUUAUUUUAUUUUACUAUAUUCAUUUGUUUGCCUGUCCUUGUUUGUCUAUCCUCCAUCAUACUGUAAAGCGACUUUGAGUUGAAGAAAAGCGGUAUAUAAAUAUAAUGUAUUAUUAUUAUUACUCUGCAAUAAUUCAGUCUGUUCUCUGUACAUCCAUCGCUGUGUGAUUUGGGUCCCAAUAGGACAGAAAAAGGCUAUAUUCCUUGUAUGUCUACACAUGCCAAAUAAAGCUGAUACUGAAUCAUUACUAUCA